AUGGCCGCCUCUUGCGAGAUCCUGGCCAUGAGCAUUCUGCCCUCGGCCAUCUCCAUCUUCGCCACCCAAUGCUUGAUCCGACAAGGGCCGAUUGGUCUCAUCCUGGUGCAGGCCACUUCCUGCUUCUGCGCCGGCCUGGUCUUCUGGUUAGGAUAUGCCUCUUCGCCCCCGGCUUGGACACUCGAGACCGAGGCUCCGCGGAAGGCGCCGCCGAAGCUGCCGAUUUCCUCCUCACUCAGCAGGCUGGAUCUCAGCCAG